AGUUAGAAAUUUGACCUUCCUCCCUUUGGUGUCGAAGUGGUACGACCCGCCGGUCUCCAAGGCAACAGAAACACAGAGGAAAGGAGGCGGAGCCACAUCAGCUGGAUUAGCUCCCUGUGACACGACUAGAAGUUGCUGUUCACUUUUUUCUCGCUCGGAUUGGCUGUGUCUGUACAAAAGGAAAGCAGCUCCAUUGUCACUAAACGACGUGUUAUUAAGGGGAAACCCGUGUGGAGUGGUUAAAGUGAUAGAUCCAAAGCAGGCUCGAUCUCACGGUCAUGGCUAAAGAUCCACUAGCAGACGCUGGACUUCAUUUCGAUGAACUCAACAAGUUACGAAUACUUGAGCCAGAUGUCUCUCAGAAGACCAGUGAGCUUAAAGAAGAAUGCAAAGACUUUGUUGACAAAAUUGGACAGUUUCAGAAGAUAGUGGGUGGGCUUAUCGAAAUGGUGGAUGAAUUGUCAAAGGAAGCAGAAAAAGAAAAAAUGAAGGCGAUAGGUGCUAGAAAUCUGCUGAAAUCUGUUGCAAAACAGCGAGAGGCUCAACAGCAACAACUCCAGGCUCUAAUUGCAGAGAAGAGGAUGCAAUUGGAAAGGUACAGAAUUGAAUAUGAAGCUCUUUCCAAAGUGGAAGCGGAGCAGAAUGAAUUCAUCGACCAGUUUAUGCUACAGAAAUAAUCGAAUUCUGCAUUUUGUCACAAGGACAGAAAGUAUGAUGCUAUGCAUCUCUGACAAUGACUUCGCUAAUAAGAAGUGGGGUUCUCACUUGGUGAUUUGUGGCUUUAAUUAACAACCUCAACAUAUGACCCAUAUCAUGACCAGUUCCUGGGGUUACAACUGUAACAUGUUUCACAAUAAGGCAUUAUUAUUUAUAUGAAAACAUAUUUAUAGUAUUGAGAUAAUUAUUCUGUAAAUCUUACUUUAAUCUCUUUUGCUACCAGAUAAUAAAUACAGUAUCUGCAUGUUACUGUGAUUAAUUACUAAACCAAGCCUUGAGUGUUUUAUCUGUAUAUUUUGUAUCCUUUUUGUGAUUUAAAGCUUUGAUUUUUAUUUUAAAAUUACUUUCUCAAUGCCCUUGGUUGUUCAUGGGACCAGAAAAGUUCUGUAAAUUUUGUAACCAAACAGUGCAUUUUAUUUGCUUUGUUUACUUCACUUUAUUCACAAUAUUUAUUGUCAAAUACUGUUGGUUUUGACAGACACUAUAUAAACAUGAUGUACAUUUGAAUACAACUAUUUUGCUCA